UAUGCCUCCGCUGCCCGCGGGCUGCUCGCCAUGCCGAGCACCUGCGGGCGCCUCUCCGCGCUGCUCCCGGGGCUGCUGAUGGUGAUGAUGAUGGUGAUGAUGAUGAUGGGGCGGCCGCCCCCCGCCACCGCCGCCGCCGCCACCCGCCCGCAGCAGCAGCGAGCGGCGCUACCCGGGGGCGCCCCCGCCGCGGCAUCAGGAUCUGUUUUCACCCUAAAAGUUCAAGUAAAUGACAUCAUCAGCCAUCAGUACCUGCGCCAGGCGGUGGUCGAGGUGUUUGUUAACUACACCCUGACAAAUUCCACUCUCACUGGGAACAAUGGAGCAGUGUUGAUAAAAGUCCCCUACAAACUGGGCCUAAGCUUAACUAUUGUCUCGUACAAGGAUGGCUACCUGCUGACACCUUUGCCUUGGAAGACUGCGAGGAUGCCAAUCUACUCAUCCGUGACACUCUCAUUAUUCCCACAAAGUCAAGCUAAUAUAUGGCUGUUUGAAGAUACUGUCUUAAUUACUGGAAAACUGUCUGAUGCCAAAUCCCAACCGAGUGUUCAGUUUCCAAAAUCUUUAAUGAAGCUUCCAUCAAAUCACAUUGCAAAUGUUACAGCCUAUCUGACAGUGCCAGAGCAAUUUUUGAAAGUGGACAGCUUUCUCUAUACAACAGGAAUUAUUCUAAAUAAAUCAGGUUUCAAAAGCAUGGAACUAACUCCUCUUACUGCCAUAUGUGUAAAUGUUCUGUUGGCUGGGAAAGAAGUGAACAUAAAGGGUCCCAUUCAGGUUACCCUUCCUCUUCCCACAACUGCUGUAAAAUCAGGAGAUGCUGUACCUGCCUGGACAUUUGAUAUGAAAAUUGGUGCUUGGGUGAACCGUGGGCUGGGAGUGGUGAAGGAGGUGGAUGGCCAGUCAGUGUGGACAUACACUGCUCAGCACUUGGGCUACUGGAUUGCAGCUCCACUGCCUGGAGCAAGAGAAUCCAUUAUAAGUGCUGUUUCCAAGGACAUAACAGCCUAUCACACCGUGUUCCUUACGGCCAUACUGGGAGGAACUGUUGUCAUUAUCAUUGGAUUUUUUGCUGUUCUUCUUUGUUACUGCAGGGAUAAAUGCCAUCGGACACAGAAGAAGGAAAAAAACUCAACCAAGCUGGAGGUCAUAAAAAAAGACCAGACAACAUCAACAACUCACAUAAAUCACAUCAGUGCUGUCAAAGGGACUUUAAAGCUGGAGGAUAAGUCACAGUUAUAUACACCGAAGAUUUCUUCCUAUAGCCCUCAAAGGAGGCUGUCCAUGGACACAGAAGAUGGAAAAUCACAGGACAAUUUUAAAAUCUACUCAGAGGAUGCUUCUUAUCAGUCCUCCUGUCAGACUGGUCAGGCAGGAAAUUCAGCCCAUUCAGUGGAGCCCAGUGCUGGUGUGAGGCUUUUACAGCAGCCAAAGCACAGUAACAGUACUAUUUCCCAGGCUCCUAGGGACAUCCCAGACCAAAACAGGUACCUUUCACUGAAAGAGGAGAUGUAUGGGCUUUCCCAUAUCCCAGAACAUCUAAUGCAUAUUUAUAAUCAGCCUAUUGCUAUUCUUCAAACUUCAGACCUUUUCCACUCCCCAGAACAGCUGCAUCCUGCUAAAUCAGCAACUUUGCCAAGGAAAGGGCAGCUGGUGUACGGCCCCAUGUUGGAGCCCAUGAGUCGGGACAGUUACAUGCAAACACUCCCCAAAAUGCCAGUGCACUCUCAUCCCCAGCCUUCUGCCUGCAGAGAUGAGAGCAGCGCCCUGGAUGGUGAAGAGGGCUUGCCUUCCCAAGCAUCCAACUGGGGCAGGUACACCAACAGCUUGCUGGAAUCUGUCUCUGUUCCUGGCACCCUGAAUGAAGCAGUGGUAAUGACUCCCUUUUCAUCUGAACUUCAAGGGAUUUCAGAGCAAACGCUGCUGGAGCUCUCUAAAGGAAAACCAUCUCCGCAUCCUCGGGCGUGGUUUGUGUCCUUGGAUGGAAAGCCAAUUGCUCAAGUGAGGCAUUCUUUCAUAGAUCUGAAAAAGGGCAAAAAAACUGAGAGUAAUGAUACCAGUCUGGACUCUGGUGUGGACAUGAAUGAGCAUCAUCCUAGCAGGAAACUGGAGAGAGAGAAAACUUUCAUUAAAAGCAUGCCACAUUCUAAGAUUCUUUACUUGGAAGAUCUGGAUCUGAGUUGCAGUGAAAGCGGGACCACUGUUUGCACUCCAGAGGACCAGGCUGUGAGACACAUCAUGGAAGGAGGGAACGGGCCAGUCCUAGAACAACACAAUGAGGAAGGUCUAAGGAAAAAAUCUCUGCCAGGAAGUCAUGAAUCUGGUAUCCCUUCUGCUAAAAAAAGGGAUAGACCACCUCUCAUGAAAAGAGAUAGCAAAACCAAUAUCUGGAAGAAAAGAGAGGAGAGGCCGCUUAUUCCUAUAAAUUAAAACACAAAAACCACAAUGUGCUUUGUGCUGUUGCUCUCCCUGCUGGUUGUUGAUCUCUUGCCUGCUUCUGUAAUUCUGCAGUGUUGGGUUUACAAGGGAAAUGUUGUUUUCUAGUAUCAAGAAAAGUUUCAUUUUUUUAACAUAAAGAUUGAGUUACCAAACUUCAGCUGGGCAGCUGAUAUUCCAUGUGAAUUGAAAACAGGGAAAUGCUACUAUUAAACUUUUCCAGUUCCUAAUUUUACUGGCAGUAUGAGGAAGGCCCACAUUUUACUUAGCCUGUCAUUCUUGGACACACCUUUGGGAAUGCACAGUGAGAAAUGUAGGCACAUGGUUUAAUUUUUUUGUACUUGUUGCUAAUGCAAUGGUAGCCUAGUUAAAGCCAUUCCUAGCCUUGUUCCUAACUAACGUGACCAUCUGUACAGUAUUUUAUAUGUGAACUUUUCUAGCUGUCUGUUACUACUCCUUUGUACAAUGUGAAACGUUUCAUCCCUUGGUCCCACGACACCAGCAGAUGAGCUGUGCUGGAUUUAUCAGCAGAGCUCUAUAGCAUUACUGCCCUCCCUGUGUGCCCAUCCAUGUGCAAUUCCACACAACACUGGGGGAAGUGUACAAGUGUGGCCACUGCAGCUCAUGGUCACCACUACCUUAAGGUGUUGCCCAUCUGCUUUGUUAAGAUGUGCUUUGUUAUGGCCUGUGGGUGUUCAUGGGCUGUGAAGGGUCCAUGUCCAGCAGAAAAGGACUGGUUCUGGUAGCAUUUGGAGCUGCAGCUACUCCUGAUCCCAGUGUCUUCUUUUGGCUUCUUUGUCAAGAUCAGAACAUCUUCUCUUCUCUAUGCUGUUGGGCCAGCUGUGCUCCAGAAUAUAGCCUUGAAUCUCUGCCUAUUUAUAAGUGAGGGUUUGGCCCAUGAUGAAGAAGUGUGCAGGAUUAGACAAAUUAUGCCUUGGAAAGAGGUUCUUGAGCAGGAAAGCUGGGCACCGUUGCUUUUUAUUUUAUGUUUAAACCAAUGGGAGAUCAUUUGAGGUUUAUGUGCCUACAUUUUGCCAGCCUGAGCUGCUUUUGUCUAGGUUUGCAGAGGAGUUAAACAGGCUUUAAAAGUUGGGGAGGGAGGGUUAUGAGCAUGAGACAGCAGAUUGCAAAAAUUUGGUCUAUAAUGCAAUAUAAAUACUAUUUAUGACUCAUCUUAGAGUUAAACUUACCAAAAGUCAUGAAUGCAUGAAUUGUAACUAAGAUAUGUAUAGAGGAAGGAAAGGCCAUCAGAAUAUUCUUUAAUUUUUAUGUUCAUCUUGUCAAAGUGAUCAUUUCAACUUUGGCUAACAGAAAAAUGGAUGCAUCUCUUAAUGUGCUUCAUAUAGUGAACAGAAUGUAUUUCUGUGGCUUUGAGGCUGUUUCCCUGAUGAAAUAAGUUCCAGCAUUUUGGCUUUGGCAGUUUGAUUAUAAAUCAUCCUAAAAAGGCUUUAUAAAUAUUUCCCUUAGAGCUUGGUUAAGGGUCUGUACCAAGACCCAGACAUACAAUGCCUAUAUUUGAAUUGUGAGGUGAGUGGUGCUUGGUUGUCUGCCCUGUAGUGCACUCAAGAGUUGGGAGCUAUCCUAUGCAGCUGGGCUUCUGGGAAUAUUUACUCAGGAAAUAUUACUGUGAAAUAUGUCUGUGGUGUUGGGAUUGUCAGUUGUCUGUAGCUGUUUCUAGAAGAAUAUGGAAGAUAACCAGGAUGGUACCAGCAAUGCAUCAGUCCAAAGUGAGCAUUUGCUUCAUGAACAAAAUGUUCCUAUUGAAUUCUAAGUAUGAAAGUGCAAAUUAAAUUUGAGACAGGUGUGUGUGUGUGGUGGGUUGGCCUUGGCUGGACGCCAGGUGCUCAUCAAGCUGCUCUAUUGCUCCCUGUUCCCAGCGGGAUGGGGAGAGAAAAUAAGAUGGAAAACAACUCCUGGAUUGAGAUAAAGCAGUUUACUAAGGAAAAAGCAAAUUUGGUGAGUGCACAAAGAGAAAAAAAAUAGGUUUGUUCUCUACAUCUCAUCAGCAAGCAAUGUGUGGCUGCUUCUUGGGAAGCAGGGCUUCAACACGUGUAGUGGUUGCUCCAGAAGGCAAACCUUGUAAAUAACAAAUAUCUCCACUUCCUCCUCCUUUCCUUAGCUUUUAUAUCUGAGCUGGUGUCACAUGGUAUGGAACAUCCCUUUGGUUGAUCUGGGUCAUUUGUGUCCCCUGCCAGGAUCUUGCCCACCCCAGCCUGCUGGUUGGCUGGGACUGUUGAGAGUCAGCACUGAUGCUGUGCCAGCCCUGCCCAGCAGUGGCCAAAACACUGGUGUGUUCUCAGCACCUUUCCAGCUCCCAGGGCAAAGCACAAUGCUGGGAAGGCUGCUGUGGGGAAUGAACUCAUCCUCAGCCACACCCCAUAUCCAGUGGGCAUCGCCAUCACAGGUGGGAAUCUCAGCUCCUGUGCCUGGAGCACCUCCUCCUCCUCCUUCAGCACUGACCUUGGUGUCUGCAGAGUUGUUCCUCUCACAUGUUCUCACCCUGCUCUUCUCUGGCCACAAUUACCUCUGCACAAUAACUCCUUCUCAAAUCUGUUACCACACAGGUGUGUGUCACCAUCAUUUCUGACUGGCCCAGCCUUGGUCAGCACCACCUCUGUCCUGGAGCUGCUGGCAUUGGUUCUGCUGGACAUCAGGGAAGCUUCUGGCAGCUUCUCAUCCCUGUAAACCUCCCCACCCCCCACUAAAAAACACAUGGUGAAGCAACUGUCCCCUGCUACAGCAGGUAUCCUGGAAUUACCUGUGGGGGACUCACACUGGAGGCAGGCUGAGCCUCAAGGACUGCACCUUUUGGAAGAGUGAACCAUGUUGGAGCUGUUUAUGGAGAACUGCUGCCCUUGAGAAGGACUCAAACUGGAGAAGUUCAUGGAGAGCAGCCUCCUGUGGGAUAAACCCUGUGCUGGAGCAGGGGAAGGACUUCUGUCCUUGAGCAGUGGCAGAAACCAGAUGUGAUGGACUGACCCAUUCCUGUCCCAGAAACCAGAUGUGAUGGACUGACCCAUUCCUGUCCCAGAAACCAGAUGUGAUGGACUGACCCAUUCCUGUCCCAGAAACCAGAUGUGAUGGACUGACCCGUUCCUGUGUCAGAAACCACACAUGGUGAACUGACCCAUUCCUGUCUCCCUGUGUCACUGAGGGGAGGAAGUAGAGCUGGGAAAGAGGGAAGGGUGGG